AUGGAUCGACUGGUCGUGGUACUGCAAAGCUCUCGAAACGUGAAGGCAGUGAAGACUAUACUUGAAGUCCGAGGUUUACUCGAUAGAACUCGAAAAAUAUCAAGAACUGAAGAUGGGAACUUCGAGUUAACUACUUUGGUUGAAUUAGGCAAUAAGGAUGAGCUCACUGAGGUUUUGAAAACAGCUGGGAUCCCAACGGAAUUAACGAUUGAAUCGAGGGCAAUCAAUACCCAGGACCUGCAGAUGGCGGACACUAGCAUAGCAGAAAUAUUAGAAAGUUUCUUCUUGACUACCGGGAAUGAGACUCUCUCCUCAUUAUUAAGGUCUGAUCUGUUUCAAAAAUGCCUGGAAACCAUACCGAAAAGAUGGUCCUCAUACCCACCGCUGCUGCUAUGUCCACCUGGCACCUUCGAGACAGAAUGCUGGAAGCAACUGCUGCAGGAUCACCAUGGACGAUUUUUUGAAUACCUUCUGGAAAGAAAAUUCAAAGCUCACACUCAUGUUGCUGUGAACAAUCCCAUAGUGGAGCACGACGUAAUGAGAAGGCCGUUCAAUCUCGUUCCGGUGCUGGGAGACUUUGGACCAGUGAUCACGAACUCUGCUUAUGAUAAUCCUUCGGAGUCAGACUUUGAGCAGGAAUUCUGGUGUCACUGUACACAGAAUGGUAUCUUUCAGACAUGGGCACCAAGGUUUACGAUGUUUUCCCGAGGAAACAUACGAGAAAAAUCGAGAAUCCUCGAGACUUUCACAGACAUAAAGGAUAAGGUGGUUCUUGAUCUGUAUGCUGGUAUUGGCUACUUCACUCUGUGCUACCUGAAAAAAGGUGCAAAAACACUUUUUUGCUGGGAGAUAAAUCCAUGGAGUGUGAGAGGAUUGAUACAAGGUGCAAUAAAGAACAAAUUCAAACAUAAACUCAUCAAGCAUGAUGACGUUCUUACACAGCUAGAUGAAGGCAUCAAGCUGUACAUAUUUCAGGAAAGCAAUGAGCAUGCUCCCGAACGACUACAGACCUUGUUGAGAAACAAAAAGAUGCCCAUUUCACACGUCAAUCUAGGCCUCCUGCCAAGCUCAUCUCCUAGUUGGAAUUUGGCCGUUUCUGUUGUUUCAAAAUUCAACGAUUUUGACGAGAAUGACCACACUGACUUGCACAUUCAUGAGAAUGUAGGAAUCUCCAACCUCACCGACUUUUACGAAUCUACACCUAAAGAACUACAGCUCAUGAACACUUCGUUGUCAUUUGAAGGCAAACAUCUGGAAAAAAUCAAGACGUUUGCUCCUGACGUCUGGCACAUCUGUGCGGAUGUUCGGGUUUCACGAAAAGAAAAUGAAUAA